AUGUGUAUCAUGGAUUUAUCUCCAAAUCAAGAAAAUUUAACACAAAUACUUGAUAAAUUAUCAGAAGAUGAGAUUAAAAUAGAAAAAAAUUUAGAAAAUAUACUUUCAAGACAAUGUCAUGUAGAAACAAAACUACAGAAUAUAAGUAAAGUAUUACCUAAUGUUGUUGUAAUACGAACUGAAGGAGAAAAGUUUUGUAACAUGAUUGCACGUACUAAUGAAUUAGCAGAAAAUGUAAGUGCCAAAGUCAGACAAUUAGAUUUAGCAAGGAGCAGAGUAUAUGAAUGUCAAAGACGUGUUAAUGACAUCCUUGAUUUACAAUUAUGCAGUGAAGGAGUAGCCAUGGCAUUGAGUAAUGAAGAUUAUGAGCAAGGUGCAGCACAUGUACAUCGUUAUUUAUCAAUGGAUCAACAAUUAUUAGAAAGAACAGCUGAAGAUAUUUUAAUGGAUCAUACUAGUAUCAGUUGUUCUUUAAUUACAUUACAACAAGCAGCAUUACAACUUAAAACUGUAGUUACUCAUAAAUUUGAUGAAGCAGUAAAAUUGGAAGAUCUUGCAUCUGUUGAAAGAUUUUUCAAAAUAUUUCCAUUAUUAGGAAUGCAUACUGAAGGACUUAAAAAAUUUUGUAACUAUUUGUGCACAAAGUUGCAGGAAACAGCACAAAAGAAUUUAAAAACAGCUUUAGAAAUGAAAAGUAACGAUAAAAGAGCAUCAGUUAUAUUUGCUGAUACUAUAACAUUACUAUUUGAAGGAAUUGCUCGUAUUGUAGAGAUACAUCAACCAAUAAUUGAAACAUAUUAUGGUCCUGGAAGACUGUUAAUGACAAUUUCUAUUUUACAAAAGGAAUGUGAUAGGCAAGUUAAAAAGAUUAUUGCAGAAUUUAUAAAAUAUCGAUGUAUAUCUAAGAAAGUACAAAUAGUGAAUGAACAUGUUCGAAAACCAAGCUCUGAAAGGGCAGAUCCUAAAGAAUUUGAUUUGUUAUUGGGUGAAAUUACAAUAAUGCAUUCACGUGCGGAAUUGUACAUUAGAUUUCUAAGAAGAAGGGUUAAAAAUGAUAUAGAAAUUAGUGCAACAAAUGAUACACAAUACAAAGAUUUAAUAAGUGAAUUUGAAAAUAUUAUCAAUAACUCUGAUUUAGCACAUGGUAUGCAAGAACUUUUAGGAGCUUAUCUUGCUUUAGAAAGAUAUUUUCUUGAAGAAAGUGUAAAUAAAGCAUUAGGGAUAGAUACCCUAGAACAGGAUCAACAAACAUCUAGUAUGGUCGAUGAUGUUUUCUUUAUAAUACAAAAAUGUAUAAGGCGUUCUAUGUCAAGUUGGAGUAUAGAUGGUGUUUGUGCUGUAGUUAAUAUGGCUUGUGGUAUACUAGAAGGAGAAUUUGCAAAUAGAUUACGAAAUCGAUUAAGACAAGGUUAUCCAGCAGGAUAUUUAGAUUUAGCACAAGCUUACAGUGCUCUUCAAACAAGUAUACAGCAUGGUCGUUUACAAACUUCAGAUACAGAGGCUGCUCGUUUAAUGUUUUUGGCCUACUUAAAUAACACUGAUGUAAGUAUUGAGUAUGUUGAAACACUAUGUAAAAGUCUCAAUACAGAAAUAGAUGCAACAUUUCCAAAUAUGCAAAGCAAAGAUAGAGGGAAAAUCGACAGUUGCUUAUCCGGUUUGAAAGGUGUUAUGUCGAUACUGCGAGCUGUUACUGAUUAUGGUUUGGAACAGUUACGAGUAAGCGCUGUUAAACCAAGAGUUACACCUUGGGUCGAUGCAUUUUUAUCAGUCGAUCAUCACAUAAAUGAGGACGAUUUAUUAAGGUACGAAACAGAAGAACCCUUUGUACAAACUUUGAUUAUGAAUUUAGAAGGAUUACUUCAAAGUUUUAAGGGAAAUUUAACAGUAUCUAAUUACGAUGCUUUAAUUGGUCUUCUUACUGCUGAAGUUACAGCUCGUUUAGAGAAAGUUGUAUUAAAGUCUACUUUUAACAGGGCGGGAGGUCUCAUACUUGAUAAAGAAAUAAGAUCAUUGGCAAGUUAUUUAGCUGCUGUUACUUCUUGGUCUGUACGUGAUAAAUUUGCACGUUUAACACAAAUAGCUACUAUAUUAAGUGUAGAAAAGGUGGAAGAAUUAGCAGAUUAUUGUGGUGCAGAUGCAAUAGCAUGGAGAUUAACACCUACUGAAGUUCGACGCAUUGCUUCUAUGAGGAUAGAUUUUCGACCAGAAGAUGUAAAAAAAUUAAAACUUUAA